AUGGUUGCGCAGGUCAAUGGGAAGGACCUCUCCAAGGCCACUCAUGAAGAAGCGGUGGAAGCUUUCCGCAAUGCCAAGGAGCCCAUUGUAGUUCAGGUUUUACGACGAGCCCCAGCUACCAAAGCUCACAGCAGCUCUCAGGAUGUUCGCUUUAUGGAUGCCAGCACUCAGACUGACAUCACUUUUGAGCAUAUUAUGGCUCUGGCCAAGCUAAGACCCUCCACACCACCAGUUCCUGAUAUCUGCCCUUUUCUACUUUCAGAUAGCUGCCAUUCUCUUCACCCGGUGGAGCAUGAAUUUUAUGAAGGUAAUGAGUAUCUUUCCAGCCUGCCUGCUGAUGCAGAUAGAGCAGAGGACUUUGAGUAUGAGGAGGUGGAGCUGUGCCGCAUUGGCAGCCAGGAGAAGCUGGGGCUGACUGUCUGUUACAGAACUGAUGAUGAGGAGGACACGGGGAUCUAUGUCAGCGAGGUUGAUCCAAACAGCAUUGCUGCCAGAGAUGGACGGAUCCGUGAAGGAGACCGCAUUUUGCAAAUAAAUGGCCAAGAUGUCCAGAACAGGGAAGAGGCAGUGGCGUUGCUCUCCAGUGAAGAAUGCAGGAAAAUUGUGUUGCUGGUGGCGAGGCCAGAGAUGCAGCUGGAGGAAGGGUGGCUGGAUGAUGAAAGGAAUGAAUUCUUAGAGGAGUUAAACUUGGAAAUGUUGGAAGAGCAACAUAAUGAAGCGAUGCAGUACACAGCCAAUGAGGUGGAGCAGCCAAAGAAACAUGAAGAGGAAGAUGGCACUACAGAUACUGCAACCUCAUCAUCCAAUAAUCAUGAGAAGGACAGUGGGGUGGGACCUACAGAUGAAAGUCUUCGAAAUGAUGAGAGCUCAGAGCAAGAAAAUGCAACCGAGGAGCACAACAGUGCUACCCUGCAGAGCAAACGGAAUUUGGGCCACAGCCAGGAUACAUUAGGCAGUGUUGAGCUCCAGUGCAAUGAAAGCUUUGUGUCUGGGGAAUACAUUGAAUCUGAUUUCAUAAGGAACCCAGAGGAGGAAUGUGAAAGGUUUCGGCAGCUGUUGGAACUGAAGUGCAAGAUUCGGAACCAUGGGGAGUAUGAUCUUUAUUACUCAAGCAGCAUGAUAGAAUGCAACAGAAGAGAGCAAGAUGGAGUGGAGCACGAGCUGCAGCUACUUAACGAGGAACUGAGGAACAUUGAACUCGAAUGUCAGAAUAUUAUGCAAGCUCACCGGCUCCAAAAGGUGAGAGAUCAGUACGGAGACAUUUGGGCUUUACAUGAUGAAAGUUUCAGGAAUUAUAACACCAGCACAGACUUACAAAGAGGCAAACUGGAUGAUAUCAUGGAGCACCCUGAGAAGUCUGACAAGGACAGCUCCAGUGCCUACAACACUGCUGAAAGCUGCAGGAGCACUCCACUGACGGUGGAGCGAUCCCCUGAUAACUCUCUCCAGAGGGUGAUCAGCAUAACCAACAGGAAAAACCUGAGGACCACAAUUGUUGCUAAUCAGUCAUCCUCAGGACAGAGCAACAGGGAGACAACCUCAGCCAAAACCAAACCCACUGAGCAAAACGGUGCUGCUGAGAACUCAGUGCUGGCAUCAGAUAGCAGCAAAUUCACAGACCAGGAAAGGCAAGGCAGCGAGCACAUUCCCUAUUUGUCUCCAUAUCACAGCUCUUCUUACAGGUACGGGAACAUACCUGCUCACGCAAAGCACUAUCAGAGCUAUAUGCAGCUGAUCCAGCAGAAGUCUGCUGUGGAGUAUGCCCAAAGCCAGCUCAGCCUGGUGAGCAUGUGCAAAGACUCGCAGAAGUGUGCGGAGCCCAAGAUGGAAUGGAAAGUGAAAAUAAGGAGUGAUGGGACGAGGUACAUCACAAAGAGACCGGUUAGAGACAGAAUCCUGAAGGAACGUGCCUUAAAAAUUAAAGAGGAACGCAGUGGGAUGACGACAGAUGAUGAUACCAUGAGUGAGAUGAAGAUGGGUCGCUACUGGAGCAAAGAAGAGCGGAAGCAGCAUUUGGUGCGAGCUAAGGAGCAGAGGAGGCGGCGGGAGUUCAUGAUGAGGAGCAGGCUGGAGUGUCUUAAGGAAAGUCCACAGAGUGGCAGCGAGGGCAAAAAAGAAAUCAACAUUAUUGAACUGAGUCACAAAAAGAUGAUGAAAAAGAGAAACAAGAAAAUCUUGGACAACUGGAUGACAAUACAAGAACUGAUGACACAUGGUGCUAAAUCCCCAGAUGGCACAAGAGUGCACAAUGCCUUUUUAUCAGUUACUACUGUAUGAACACAACUUCUAACAGAGAGUAUACUACCAGUUUAGGUAGAGUACAAUUGCCUCGUUCAAUGUGGCAUUUUUAUAUAUUUUGUGACUGUUUAUAGUUUGAUCUUUUUGUAAGCAAAAUGACCUGGUAUUUUUCAUUUGUUUUUCAUAUAACAGUACCUUCUUUAUCUGGCAGCCUUUCUUUAUCCUGCAAUAUAUUCAUAUUAUUCAUUUGUAGAAAAAAAAUAGAAAAGUAAAGCAAAAAAUUUCUUAACCUAACACAUAUCCUGUAACUUAAGAUCUGGAUUUAUUUCUCUAAUUUUGCUUUUUCUACUUCAGUAACAAUACAAUACCAAACCGAAAUGCUUUGUACUGUAUCCUUGGCUUAACAAGUUUUAAAGUUUUACAUCUUAGAUUGAAUCUGUUCAUAAAACAUAUGCCACAUCCCAUCAUAUAGAUAAGAAUGACAUUUUUCCAACUGCAUAUUUUACAGUACAUUUAAUCUGUAAAUUGUAAUUGUACUUGUCCAAGUAAAGUGUAGGUGGGCAAUUCUCCUGUGUUAUGUAGUGGCAUUGGUCUUGUAGCUGGGCAGUAUGUGAUAAUUGUGAAGAUGAAAGAGAAAUAAAUUAUUGCUUAUCUUUAAG